GGACUCAACCGGCAAAGCACCAAGGAAAGCUACUGUAUAGAAACGGGAAGAAGACUGAGGAAAGGGGAGAGAAAGGGAGGGAGAGUGAGAGAGAAAUAUACAUCCAGAAAUAGCAUCAGCCACAUUUAACUGACAGAGAGUGACAGUGUGGAGAACCUGAGACCUGGACAGAAAAUGCCUAUCCUUUCUAACUUAACAACCGUUGUUUUGUUGCUGAUUGCUCACUGCGGAUCAUGGACCGGGGCAAACCGCUUGGGCACCCUCAAGGUCUGUCCCUCCUGCAGGGAUCCACUGGGGGCAGGUCGGCCCCCCAGGGACCAUAAUGUUGCCGGCAGCACGUCAAUGUUGGCCCAGGGAGAGCCCUGUGGUGUGUACACCCUGAGCUGUGCCAAAGGGCUCCGCUGUGUUCCCCCAGCAAGGGAGCACAGCCCCCUCCAGGCUCUGUUGCAGGGAAGGGGCAUUUGCGCCAAGCACAGCAGGACUAGUCCCACUGAGAGGCCCCACCCCACAGGUCCCCAUCCCUCACACAGUGGUGACAUUGAAAAAGCCCCCUGCCGCAAACUGCUCAAUAGUGUCCUGAGAGGUCUCGAGCUGACGAUCAUCCAGUCUGACCGCGACAUCUAUAUACCCAACUGUGACACUCGCGGCUUCUACAGGAAAAAGCAGUGCCGCUCCUCCAAGGGCAUGCAGCGUGGCCAUUGCUGGUGCGUGGACGAGCUCGGCACGGCCCUGCCCUCACAUGCCAGCGAAGAUGGCACUUUACCAUGCGACGGGGAGUGAGAGAUGAGUCUGUCCUAUUGCUCUGAGCCUGGAGGAAGAGGAGAAAGAGGAGGCGGUGGAGGAGGAGCAGGAGCACAGGGAGAGGGGGUGGCUUUAGCGUGUGCUAGACACUGCCUGGACAGGAGGUAGCAGGGAUAAACCACUUCCUAUGGAAAAUACACACCAGUUAAUGUCCUCUCUAGAAGCAAGACACACACACUUACAGUCCAGCAGCGACAACAAUAACAUCUGCCUGAAUGUUCAACAGUUGCAGCAACGUCCUCUGCGUCGUCUGGUGACACGCUGCAUGCUCACAUUAAUGCUCCGUGAACUGCCUCAGUGAUCCAAGCGGUAUUACUCUGAAUGAUCUCUAUAUUCCCUGGCUCUUGUCCUGGCUUUCUGGUAGAUUUCCGUUUUCCUUUUUACUUUAGGAUAGCUGACACUGCCUGUGUUUGUUCUGAUCUCAGUGGGCUGAAAUACUGUUACGCAGGUGAUGUGACACAAAUGUUUGGAAAAACGUGUCUCCCUCACCGUCCUCUCUCCCUCUCUCCAAAGAUACACUGAUAUCAAUAUACCUAAUUGACAGAAUAUUUCUUUUUUCUAUUAAUUUAUUUUUGAGUCUGUAUUUCCAUCAAGUACUGCUUGAAUCUUACAGUAUCUUAUAUAUAU